AUGGAAACCAAUAUUAAAUUCGACAAUUUAGCGUUAAAAACUCUACCCAUUGAUACUGUCGAGGAUAACUAUGUUAGAACUGUACCAAAUGCAUGUUUUUCUAAAGUGAAACCAACCCCAGUCAAAAGUCCAAAGUUAGUUGCAUGUUCAGUCGAUGCAUUGAAGCUGAUCGGUAUUAACGAGGAAAAUAUGAAACACAAAAGAGAAUUAGCUGAAAUAUUUAGCGGAAACGUUUUGUUGCCUGGUAGUGAUCCCGCUGCACAUUGUUAUUGUGGACAUCAAUUUGGAUAUUUUUCAGGACAAUUGGGCGAUGGUGCAGCUAUAUAUCUUGGCGAGGUAAUUAAUGACAAACAAGAACGUUGGGAAUUACAAUUGAAAGGCGCUGGUAAAACACCUUAUUCAAGAUCAGCGGAUGGAAGAAAAGUUUUGAGAAGUUCAAUUCGAGAAUUUCUUUGUAGUGAAGCUAUCUAUUAUUUGGGAAUUCCAACAACUAGAGCUGGUACCUGUGUUACAUCGGAUGACUAUGUUGUCAGAGAUAUAUUUUAUGAUGGUCAUCCAAUCAAUGAACGAUGCACUAUUAUUUCACGAAUUGCACAAACAUUUAUCAGAUUUGGUUCAUUUGAAAUAUUUAAAACCAUUGAUCCUUUAACAAAUCGACAAGGGCCAUCCGUGGGACGAAAAGAUAUUCUCAUACAAUUAACAGAAUAUGUCAUAUCUACAUUUUAUCCAGAUAUAGCUGAAAAGUAUUCGAAUAAAAUUGAAGAAAAGUACUUGGCAUUUUUUGAAGAAAUCGUAUUACGAACAGCACGUUUAGUUGCCGAAUGGCAGUGUGUCGGAUGGUGUCAUGGUGUUUUAAACACAGACAAUAUGAGCAUUAUAGGCGUCACAAUUGACUAUGGACCUUAUGGAUUUUUGGAUCGUUAUGAUCCGAAGUUUAUUUGUAACGGAUCAGACAGCAAUGGACGCUAUUCUUACAAACAACAGCCAAUUGUUUGUCGUUGGAAUUGUGAAAAACUCGCUGAAGCACUAUCUCCAAUAAUGUCAGUAGAGAAAGCAAAACAAAUUCUUCAAAAAUUUGAUAUAGAAUAUGAAAAAUAUUAUUUAGAUAAAAUGAGACGAAAACUUGGUCUUGUACAAAAGCAAUUAGAUUCUGAUAAAGAAUUGAUCGAUCAAUUUUUAUCUACGAUGUAUGAAACAGGAGGCGAUUUUACAAAUUCAUUUCGUACAUUAUCGUUACUUCAUUUACCGGGUACGAUUCAUUUCGAUAAAAAAGUGGAAAUAUUUAAAACAAAUAUUUUACAACAGUGUUGCAAUUUGGAUGAAUGGAAAUUUAUAAAUAAACCAGAUAUUGAUAAUAGAACAUUACAAAUGUUAUCUGAAUUAGCCGAGCAAAAUGACAUGUUUUUACAACAAUUUGGAUUUAGUGCAGAACGUAUACAAGUUGAGAAAAUGAAAUAUGAAAAACUGAAAAAUAUCGAACAAUUGUCUUCGGAUCAAAAACGUGACGCUGAUUGGAAACAAUGGGAGAAAUGGCUUGAUCUCUAUUUGAUACGAUUGGAAAAAGAGAUUGAUAGCAACGACACCAAUGACAUUGAUCGACUAAAUAAACAACGUUUAAAAAUAAUGAGAGAAAAUAACCCAAGAAUUGUUUUACGAAAUUAUCUGGCUCAACGUGCAAUUGAGUCAGCUGAAAAAGGUGAUUACAGUGAAGUUAGAAACUUAUUAGAAGAAUUAAAACACCCGUAUGAUGGCACGGAUAAAGACGAAAUCGAUUUACAAAAACCCGACGAACGAAUUCAAGGCGGUGAACAAGCUCAGGCUGCAACAGAUCCGACAGAAAAAUGUUAUACUGGUGCUUGUUUGAAACCAAAUAUUUAUGAAUCACGACCACCAAUUAAUGCUAGUCGUAUUCGUGUUACUUGUUCAUCGUAA